UCGACGCAGCGUGUUGUUCCAUCGCAUCUGCCCCAAAACAAUUUUCAUCUCAACAGCUACAAAAACAGUCCACUCUUAGCAGAAAAUUAAAUACCACCCUAGAUAAAAACUAAAGGGAAAAUUUGUUAUUCCUUUCGUACAUGGCAAAGAUUCUUUUUUUACUUGUGUUUCUGUGAUUUGAGUGUUUGAAAAAUUUAACACACCAAAGAAGUAAUUAAUUUACAAGUUUCAAAGUCAAAGCCACCUCGGAGAACAGAUCUUUGGAGUCAAUCUCUCCCCUUUGUUGGCUUGAUAUUUUCCGUCUUUCUUCAACAAUACUUUUUUCGAGCAGCAGAAAACUAGGAAGGUGUGUUGUUAUUGUUUUGUCUCUGAUCCACAAUCCCUUCAUUUGCAGGUGAACACAGGAAUACAACGCAAAAAUUUGCAUUCUCAAUAUAUUAGCAAAUUCUAAUGGUAAGACGAAAAGCAAAGGAAUAAACGCUAAAUAGGCUAAGAAUAAGCUAAGUACGAUGGACUAACAGUUUGCCGGUGAGCGCUACAUUGCCAGCUAAGCUGCAAAUAUAAAACUGCAUACGAAGCAUGAACAUUAAGUCUUAAGCGAGGGUCGUUGAUUUAUUAGUAGCUCAACAAUCAGGGAGACCACACAGGUAUUCCAAGGAUUACAAUAUGCGUGGCCGCCACUUACGCCGCCGAUUCAGCUUGCAGCCCUCGUUUAUGAAGGACGACAAUGCCGAGGAUAAGCCAAAGCGUGAUAAGGUUGGUAGAAACAACGCAGUAGAUGAUGCCAUUGGACCGGCCAACGCACGCCACAAAAUCGUCGUCAUGGGCUCUGCAAAAGUGGGAAAAACGUCAAUAAUCACCCAGUUUCUGUACAACACAUUUAGCACCAAAUACAAGCGGACCAUUGAGGAAAUGCACCAAGGCAACUUUUCCAUCGCCGGCGUGAGCCUUACCCUUGAUAUUCUGGACACUGCCGGCUCAUACGAGUUCCCGGCGAUGCGAGCUCUUUCCAUAUCCUCGGCGGAUGCUUUUAUUUUGGUCUACGACGUAACCGAUGCCACCACUUUUGAGGAGGUGCGCACAAUUCGCGAUCAGAUCCACGAGACUAAGGCCACUACCGCGGUUCCAAUUGUGGUUGUCGGGAACAAGAUCGAUCUCUUAGCAGAUGGAGAAACCGAGCGAGAGGUUGAGUACGCCACCACAGAAUCGGUAGUUACUGUGGACUGGGAGAAUGGAUUUGUAGAGGCUUCAGCUUCCAGUAAUGAAAACAUUACCCAGGUGUUCAAGGAACUGCUGGCCCAGGCAAAAAUAACUUACAAUCUGAGUCCGGCCCUCCGUCGUCGUCGUCAGUCGUUGCCGCAGCAGAUUGGUAACAAUGGACCCGGCACCCCGUUACACCACCACCAGCACCACACCCAGCACCACAAUUCUGGAGGUGGUACCUCCGCUUCUACCUCCUCUGCAGCCGCAGCUGCGUCGACUUCCGGGGGAUCCGGAUCCCAUGCUCCUACACCUGCCCAGCUGCAGCACCUCCAAAGAAUCCAGGAGCGAAGUUUGGGCGCCAAACGCAAUUCGUGCAUCAUUUCCUAAACAGGGCAAACUAAAAGAGGUCUAAUACAUAAUGGUUUUCAACACCUUUUCAAUAGUCAAUAACAACAUGGGUCGUAUUUCUAAACUCAAACAACAGAACUAAUAUUAACACAAGAGGUAGAUUCAUUCUAUUCAUUCUAGUCUUGUAAGGGAAGACAACUUUCUGGGUGAGCUAGAAUACAUUUUCUUAAAAACAUUACAUGUCGUUACAUUAAACAGAUUUUUUUUUGUUCGCAAAGGAUAUUAAAACGUUUAAAAUCGCUUGAUAUCUGAAAGUAUAUUCUAAUAUAUUUUUGUCCACGAGCUUGACGUUAUCAUUUUCAAUGACUCAAAUGUAUUUCGAAAUCGUUUUAGGCAGAUUUAGCACUCUAAAAUUGUAUUUAGCAAGUAUAGAAAGAAGAAGGAUCAGAUAACUAAGCGGGGUAUUUUUAAAGUUGUCUCCCUAGGAUUUCCAAUUUUAUCAAUCUAAACAAAUGAAAUCCUCAAUAUUGUAGAGCAAUCUCUACUCAAAUGUACCUCCAUCUUACUAUUAUUGCUCCAAUAACGUAAGUACCUACAUCACAAGCCUCUGGUUUCCUAAACUCAGCUUUUAGAAUACUUAAAUGUGUGACCAAAAAUUAAAUCGUCAAAAAAAUAUACAAAUCACUGAGAUAAACAUAUACAAUAACCCAAGACAAAUUAAUUUCUACAAGUACUUAGUUGAGUAUUUGUCUUAUCUGAUUUAACAGGAAUAUAUAAAAUUAUUUGUUCAUUAUUUGUGUAUAGAUUACACUGUACACAAUAAAUUUUUUUUGCAUAAAUGUUCUUUCUACAAGUUUCUGGUUCUUACAUUUCUUUUACGGAACACUAUCUUAAGUUACAAAACGCAAAUGUUAACUCAGAGAUGCAAUUAGAAAUCAAACAUUUUUUAAAGGGAAGACUUAAAGAUUAUUUAUAACCUGUAUAUACAAACUUUUCUUACUUUGGCAAGUGGUGUCAUUAUAUCAAUUUUGGAAAGAGUGAUUUAUUUUAAAUAUGUAGUUUUAAAAAUUUUUUGGGACUCGUAGAGUUAAAGGAUAUUCGUUAUUAGGUUCGUUGAAAAGUAUUUAAGAGGUUCAAGUAAUCGUUUGCUAACCUUGUUUUGAUCUGUCUGUUCGUCCGUCCGUGUGAACGCUACGAUUUUUAGUCAGUAUCACUAGCCGAUCGGCCAGAUCAGUCUGUCCGAGUAAAACCUGUGAUCUCAGGAACUUAAAAUGUUUGAAAGCUAAGAUUAGCAAUGCAGAUUUUAUAUAGGUAGACGCAGCGUUAGUUUCUUCUAGAAGAUUCUUACGACUUCUCUAACACCGCCCAAAAUUGUCACGCACACCAACCUUCGUUAUGGCAAAAGAAUAUUUACAUUUCUCCCUCGCACUGAGUGACGGGUAUCUGAUAGUCGAUAGACUCGACUAUGGCAUUCUCUUUUGUUUCAAAUUGUGCAAUGAUUAGUGAUUAGAUUCUCAAACUACAUUGAGUUGUUCUUAUUGUCAAAAUUUAAUUGUUAAAUUUCUUAAAAUUACAUUAAUGGGACACAACAAAUGCAGAUGAUUACUAUGAACAAAUUCCAAAUAUGGUCACGAAAAUGGAGAGGAUGAAAGGAUGGCAAAAAAAAAGACUGUAUUAAAUAAUUAAAUAACGAAGAA